GACGGGGAUUUUUAGGGCGAUGCUGUGCGAUGGGUCGACGGACAGCUGCAGUUCGUGGGCAGGAUGGAUGUUGGACAAAUCAAGAUUUCUGGACAGAGGCUCGAACUCGGCGAGAUUGAGGCCACCAUUCUGCGUACCGGACUCGUCGCCGACGCCGGCGUCAGCUGCCACAAGCCGACCGAUACUGGCGACCUGAGCCUCGUCGCAUAUGUUGUCCUCGACCACGAGCGGGCACCCGAGGUUGAUGAUCAUGUUCAGGGCCAGGAUGCACCGAUCGCAGCGUCAAACGACGAACAUGCAAUUGUAGACACAUGGAGGGAUGUGUAUGACGAUAUGUAUGCCGCAUAUGAUCUGUGAGUGUUUUUA